AUGUCGGACUUGCAACAACUUAUUCAAUCUUAUAUAAACUCGAGGCCAUCAUUUUGGCCUUUAGCUAAAGAAUCGGGAUGCCCAGAAGUCAAAAAAGAAGUAUUUUAUAAAUUUAUAACUGAUUUAGUCCUGAAAACGACAAACUCGUUGUUUCUUUGUUUGCAAACGAGCCAUUUGCUCUUCAACAAAACUCUAUUUAAUAAUUCCGGAAGAGUCUGCGACAAGCACAGUACUGUCAUCACUGGAGAGCUCAGGCGCUUUCGAGAUGAAGAUGUGGAGCUGAUAAAUAGUAGGGUGUCGAGGCAGAAUGUGACGACUUUUGAGAAUAUGGAGAGUAUUUUAAACACUCAAGUUGAUAAAUGUGUUAAAAAUUAA